UUCAGUAUAGUCCAGUUUAGUCCAUAAACAUUAUUGAAAUUCGACACAUUCAUAAAUGAGAUCAGAUACAGAAGACUAAAAUUAAACGGCGGCUGACUUGAUGCUACUACGUUCAGUUACUUUUCGUUUGCCAAGAAAGAAACAUUCAUUACUUUAGAUUCAAAAUCAAAAUACUGCAAUUAAAAUUGACUCUUUUUACUAAAACUUAAAAAAAUAAAAUAAAUAAAAUUCAAUAAACCGUAACAUAUUAAAAAAAAGACGUGUAAUUAAUUUCAAUGAAAGUGAAAUUAGUAUAUGUAACAAUUUGAAAACAAAAAACCGUUAAAUUCAAAAUACAAGGUUAUUUAGAAAAACAACAAAAAUAAACAACAUAUAAGAAAAAUGCAACUAAAUACUAGUCUAUGGCUUAGUCUGCUUUUAGUAACAAUCAACAUUGUAAACCACAUUUCCGCAUAUAGUUAUGCCAAAGCAGACAGUUAUGCGGCGGAGACACUAGUCAGACCUGCCUAUAAGAAACCACCGCCGAUUAGUAGAUAUAAAGAUCUGAUAAAAAUAUAUGAAGGAAAAAAUUUAGAAUUUGCUUUUCCAUCGGAAAGUGUACGUAAUGCGGCAUUAAAUAGCGGACAAUAUGAUCCAGAUCAUCCUAUACCUAUCGAUGUGGAUGUUUACUAUCCACAAAAUUCCGAUGAACCUACCGUUUUUAUAACCAUACCAAGAUUUGGCAGUGGGGUACCCUAUUCAUUGGCCACAUUGACAGAUGUUCAACGUCCAAAUGGUUCAGAAUUUCAACCGUAUCCCGACUAUUCAUGGCAUAGUUCGCAUGGUCAAGAUUGUGAUGGUUUAACAUCGGUUUAUCGUAUACAAAUCGAUGCCUGUGGUCGCAUGUGGAUAUUGGACAGUGGUGAAAUAGAGUUCGUUCAACAUUGUCAACCACAAGUGGUGGUAUACGACAUUAAAACAGGAACAAUGGUUCAUCGCUAUCGUUUACCACCAAAGGUUUUUAGAACUGGUGUUAGCCGCUUUGUAACACCUCUUGUCGACAUUGAUGAUCCCCCACCAUUGGGUACCUGUUCCAAGGCAUUUGUUUAUAUGGCUGAUGCUACCGGUACUUCGUUAAUUGUUUAUGAUGUUGUUAAUGAUGAUUCUUGGCGCAUUGAAAAUCGAUACACUUUUCCUGAUCCCGACUUUAGUAAACAUACAAUAGCUGGCGAAAGUUUUGAACUAUUAGAUGGCGUAUUUGGCCUAUCGAUGACACCCAGAGGUUUGGGUCUAAGGCGAUUACUAUAUUUCCAUGCUCUAUCAAAUGAUGCUCAAGUAGCGGUUCCCUUGGAUGUGAUAAACAAUUCCUCAAACUUUGGUUUUGGUUUAGCUUCGUCACUAGAUGAAUUUAAGUUGUUGGGUCAUAGAGGUGUACAGUGUGCUGCUUCUGCUAUGUCAGCAAAUGGUUUCUUAUUGUGUGGUUUCUUAGAACCUAUCGCUUUAAUCGGCUGGAAUAUACGUACUCCCUAUACGCCACGUAAUCGCAUGAUAUUGGCUGAAAAUCCUGAAACCCUACAAUUCAUAAGUGGUCUUAAGGUGAUACGCAAUCCGAGAGGUAAAGAAGAGGUGUGGAUGCUGUCGAAUCGUUUGCAAAAGACUUUUAGUGGUACCACUGAUUUUACAGAGAUAAAUUAUCGCAUACAAAAAUGUGGCAUGGAUGAGUUAUUAUUGGGUAAACAGUGUAGAAAUUAAAGGAAUUUAUGAUUAGAAGUGCAACAGUUCUUUUUUUAUUGUAAAUACUACCAAAUUUAUUUUUAUCGAAUAAAUCAAGUUUUGUAAUUUUUUUCUUAAAAAUCG